AUGGCUAACAACGAUGCUUUAGCUGAUGCUAUUGGGCUUCUAGCUGAGAACUUGAACCAAAACCGCAAUGAUAAUCCCAAUCCUGCGGGUGAGAUGUUUAAGAAGAUUGCCCAAGUCAAACCACCAUACUUUGAGGGAGGUGGAGACCCAACUUUUCUAGAGAACUGGAUUAGGGAGUUUAAUAAGAUUUUUGCUGCUUUGAAUUGUCCUGUGAAUAUGAGAGUGGAUCAAGCUGCCAUGUAUUUGAAGGAAGAGGCAGAUAUUUGGUGGAGGGAUAAUGGAAACGUGCUUCGUGCUGAGGCUAAUUUUGGUUGGGAGACUUUCAAAACCAAACUAAGGGAGAAGUUCUAUCCACCAUUCUUAAGGAAACAAAAGGCUCAAGAGUUUAUCAAUCUGCAAAUGAACAAUAUGUCGAUUAUUGAGUACUAUAACAAGUUUAUGAACUUAUCGAGGUUUGCUCCUGAAGUAGUGCCUACUGAGGAGUUGAAACCUCAAAGAUUUGAGCAAGGUUUGACUAAGCAGUUACAAAAGGACUUGGCUGGAAAGACUUUUAAGACUCUUGAUAAGGUGUAUGGGAGGGCAGCGCACCUGUACAGCUUGAAUGUCAGGAGUGCACCUGAGAGUGGAAGUGUUGGAGAAAAGCGUAAGGAUUUUGGGAAUUCGAGUGACCAAGGUAACUCCAAGAAGCCGAGGAACGAGAAUUUUCAGAAUAGGAAUGUUCAAAACAAUGGAGGAUCUUCUAGACCUAAUGGCCAAGCUGAAAGGCAUUACAACUGCAAGAGAUGUGGCGAGGAUCAUCCUGGAAAAGAUUGUGAUGGGAACUUGGUUGUGUGUAGGUUCUGUAAAAAGAAAGGCCAUAGGGAGUUUAAGUGUUUCUCCAAACUAAAGCUACAAGGGAAUGGGAACAAGUUUACUCCAACAAGCAAUCAAAAAGAGAAUUCGAAUGGUUAUAAUGGGAAUGGAAAGAACGGAAAUGUUGGCAACAACAACUCCGGGAAUCAAGGAAAGGGUGUCACUACAGGUCGUUUGUCUGUGAUGAACAAGAAGGAAGCUGAAAGGUCUUCUGAUGUUGUCACUGGUAACUUUUCUAUUCAUUCUAUUUCUAUUAAAGCUUUAUUUGAUUCUGGAGCCACCUAUUCUUUUAUUUAUAGUUCUUUUGUGAAACAAUAA